UGUAGCAACCUCCUCUUCCCUGGCUGGGUUUGUUUGACUUGUUUGCUUCGGUAUCGGCACCAACAUGGCUUCGUUCGCCUGAGUUAACUGCAUCUCGGGCUUGACCUCAUCUUUCACUUUUCACCUGUUGUAGCCUACUGGAGGAUGAGAAGUUCUCUAUCAUGCUAGUUUUGUCUGCAUAACGUAGUUCUCAUUAAGUAAAUUCUAGCCUUUUGUGCACUAGUCGGGCCAAUUUGCUAACAAGCUCAUCAUAGGCGAUCAUAUUGGUCGACAAUUUUAUAGCAUGGAAUUAUCCACACAGAGAGUUUUGUACUGCUGAGACAAUGCGCGUUCAGUGUUUGGAACGGCUUGCUGAUUCUCCGCCCUAACUUUCACCUCAAGUGUGUGGCGUCGCCCACUUCCUGUUCAAGUUAUAAAAGCAAGAUCCACGGAUUGCAGGGACAAUGCUUGACAAUGCUCCCACAGUUUCAUCUGUGGAGCGUCAGCAGGUGCUUCAAGCUCUCGAACGGCUGCAGUUGAAGCUCGUGCAGCAGGAAGAAUGGACUCACAACGAGAGACUCGGAGCCCUGAGAGAUGCUCUGCAAAGCCCACUGCUUGGACACAUCCUGACGUUGCAACACUCCAUCAAGCAGCUCAGAGACCAGUUGAAUCGAAUGCCCCCGGAUAACUGCAGCGAGUUCAGCUUCUCCCGUAAAGGCCAGCUCAUCUUCAGUGCCAGUUGCCCACCCAGCACUGCGAGCUCCGUCAGAUCCAAUGGCACCAGCUUGGCGUCCACAUCCACUCUGCCUGCUGCCAAACAACUGCAGGUGUGGAUACAGGCUGCUGCCAAGGGAAGGAAAACGGAGCAUGUUCGCCUACCAAAGCCGGCAUCAGGAGGCCUGGGUUUCAGCGUAGUCGGUUUGAGACCAGAGGGCAUAGGCAGCCACGGCGUGUUCAUCCGCCACAUCCAACCAGGAGGCGUCGCCGACCGAAGUGGCCAACUGAAGGAGAAUGAUCAAAUCCUGGCCAUCAGUGGGAUGCCACUGGACGAGAGUGUGACUCAGCAGCAGGCUCUCAGUCUCCUGCAGCAGCAGAGGGAGCAUGUGGAGCUCAUCGUGGCAAGGGACAAGGCCUCUCCAGCAGGACCCCAUACUACGGAGCAGUGGGGCCAUGUUGAGGAGAUUGAGCUGGUGAAUGAUGGCUCAGGGCUGGGCUUUGGCAUCGUGGGGGGCAAGGCCACUGGUGUGGUGGUGAGGACCCUGGUUCCUAACAGCAUUGCCCAUAAGGAUGGGCGUCUGCGUACCGGGGACCACAUCCUGCGCAUCGGGAGCACCUCCACGCAGGGGCUGGCCAGCGAUCAGGUGGUGCGAGUCUUGCAGGAGUGCGGCAGUCAUGUGCGCAUGCUCAUCGCCCGUGACCCCCUCAGGGCGUCUAGCCAGGCUCCGGCUCCUCCUCCUCCCCCCGCGCCACUCGCCGCACCUGUUGCAGCGCUGCCACCACCUGUGCCCGUCCGCAGGGCGAGCCGACUCAGCAGAGCGCCCAACUUGGAAGGCUAUGAGAUCCAUGAAGUGGCUUUGCAGAGAAGAGAAGGACAGAGUCUUGGAAUCUCCAUCAUAGGACACAAUGUCCUCAGCAGUGCAGAUGCUGUCGGUGUGUAUGUGAAGAACGUGGUUACAGGGAGUGCUGCAGAUCAGUGUGGCAAUAUCCGAGUCCAUGACAGAAUAAUUGCGCUCGAUGGGGUGAACCUGCAAGGAUUCACCAACAAUGAAGUCUUGGAGGUGAUGAAGAGGUCUGGUCAGACGGUGAGCCUCACAGUGGUGCGCAGGAUUGGUUCGCUCAUGUCCCCUGAGAAGUCACUGGACAAGGUCCAAAACGAGUCACAUCGGGUGUCGCUGAAAAGGUCAUCAGUGGUGAGAGCUGAUGUGCCCAAAACUUCCAUCAAGGAUUCUCUUGGUGCAAGCAACAUUGCCUCAGAGCCACAAGGACAAGGCACAAGUGACCUGCUGGAGUCAGAGCUGAGGCAAAAGUGGGAACAGGCGCUUGGGCCGCACUAUGAAGUUCUGGUGGCACAGAUGGACCCUCUUAUUGAGGAUGACUCAGAACUUCAGAAGUACUCAAAGCUGCAUCCAAUCCACACCAUGCGUUUGGGACUAGAGCUGGACUCGUUUGAUGGGCAUCACUACAUCUCCACCAUAAAUCCAGAGGGACCGCUGGCCAAUCACGGCCUGCUGAGGCAAGAGGAUGAACUGCUGGAGGUGAAUGGAGUUCAAUUGUAUGGGAAGAGUCGUCGUGAGGCAGUGGCGUUCCUGAGGGAGGUGCCUCCCCCCUUCACCCUGGUCUGCUGCCGACUGCUGAACGAGGAGGAGCCGGAGCAGCAGGAGUGGGCAGCGGAGGAGGUGGAGGACCAUCAGACCGCAGCAGCCCCACAGCAGGACUGGCAGGCAGAGGGGGUGGAGGGCGUCCAGCAGACCACAGCACCUCAGCAGGAGGACGCUGGCAUGUUGGCAUUGUCUUUAGUGGAGAGAGAGGAAACCUCGCCCGGCCCAGUGAUCACCAAUGAGGACAGUGACGACAGUGCUGCAUGUGUUGAGGAGGAAGAGGAAGAAGAGGAAGAGGAAGAUGGAGAGCUAGCACUCUGGGCCCUAGAGGUGCAGGUGGUGGAACUGGAAAAGGCAGAGCAAGGCCUGGGCUUCAGUAUCCUAGACUACCAGGAUCCUGUGGAUGCUGCACGCUCUGUCAUUGUGAUCCGCUCGUUAGUAGCAGGGGGCAUUGCUGAGCGAGAUGGAAGCAUUCUCCCGGGCGAUCAGCUGGUCUUUGUCAAUGAUGUUCACCUGGACUCCUGCUCCCUGGCCCAGGCUGUGGAGGUGCUAAAGGGCCUGUCUCCGGGAAAAGUCUACCUAGGGAUCCGUAAACCUCUGGUAGAUGAAAGCAAGAUGGGAGUGGAAGACUGGCAGCCCAAAAGAGGAGGUGGUGUAGAGGAACCUGAAGUGGAAUAUCCUGGAGUUCAAAGCAGUCAUUCAACUCAUGAGGACUUUGAGGAGCCUUCUGCCAUGCUGCCAGGUGAAGAGGAUGUUGAGGCAGAAGAGGACGAGGAACCAGAGCUGAUCUUGGAUGAUAUGCCCCGCUACGCCUCCCCCUUCACUGCCAACACUGAGCUUCCUCCCCACACUGCUGCCGAUGAGCAGCCCAGCUCAUACUACUGGUCCUCAGGUCCAACGCAGGGCAGGCCCUUCCUGGAGAGAGAGAUGGCUGUGGACGAGGAGGAAACCAUAGAGGAAGCGGCCGAAACCGCACGGAUGCACGAGUCUCCACCACCUAGUGACCUCAUCAGUCUCAGCCCUGUUCCCACUGGCUUAGAGGAACAGGUGAGUGUGAAGAUUAUUGAAUCAAAAGAAAAUGCUGCCGAGGUAGAGGAAAUGGCAACGUCUACAGAUCCACUCAGAGAGUCAUAUCCCGCUCCACCAAUAUUGUCCCGAGCAGAGACCAGUGACAUCUGGGCAGAGCUUACUUCAUCAGAUGAUGGAGGAGUUGGACUUGACAAUGACUCUCAGUGGCCCUCUACUGCUGAGAAAAAGAGGAGUAGUCAGUCUGCCACUCUUCCCCCAAGAGCAGAUCAAAGUUACUUACCCCAAAGAGAAGAGGGGGAGGGGGAGGAAACUCCUGGAUUCAGCCACUGGGGCCCUCCACACAGGGUGGAUGUUUGGCAGGAGCCAGAUGAGCCUCUUGGCAUCAGCAUAGUGGGUGGACGCACCUUGAUCAAACGACUACGCAACGGGGAAGAGCUGAAGGGAAUCUUCAUCAAGCAGGUCCUUCCAGAGAGCCCUGCCGGACGCACCGGUGCACUGAAGACUGGAGACAAGAUACUGCAGGUUUCUGGAGUGGAUCUUCAGAAUGCCAGCCACGAGGAGGCUGUGGAGGCAAUCAAGGCUGCUGCACGCCCAGUGGUCUUCAUCGUCCAGAGCUUGUCUACAACACCUCGGCCCAUCUCUGUGACGGCACCCAGCUACAGCAAACACAAAGCUAAGAGGAAUGUGUCCACUCCACCUCUUAUGAGUGCAGGCGCAGCAGCCAUCCCUCCUCCCAUGCGUCUCCCUCCCCCAUACCGCCCUCCCAGUCAGCUGUCAGAAGAACCUCUUGACCUACACACAGGCCUGGAGCAAGAUCAAGAGGCAAUCAGGCAGAGGUACGGGGAGCUGCCGGGGGAGCUGGUCCAGGUGGAGCUGGAGAAGGAUCGGCUGGGGCUCGGCCUGAGUCUGGCUGGGAAUCGCGACAGGAACCAGAUGAGCAUCUUUGUGGUGGGCAUCACAGCAGGAGGCCCCGCCUAUCGAGACGGACGCAUCCAAGUAGGAGAUGAGCUGCUGGAGAUCAACAGCCAGGUUUUAUAUGGUAGAAGUCACCAGAAUGCUUCAGCCAUUAUAAAAACCGCAUCACUGAAGGUCAACAUUCUCCUCAUCAGGAAUAAAGAUGCCAUUAGUCAUAUGGCCGUCCCCGCAUUUGCCACUGCACCUCCCCUGAUUUUCAGCAAUGAGGAACUGGUGUCUACCGUUAAUAGCCAACCUGGACCUCAGGAGGGGGUUGGGAAGAACUUGGAGAAGGAGUCGUCAAAUCUCAUAUCAUCAGAUACAGGGAAAGACAUUUCUGAGGAUGUGCCCACAAAAACAAAGUUGAACCUCACACUUAAAGAGAAGGCUAAAGAGGUCCCUGAUGAGGUGCCCACCAAGACUUCAUUGAAACAGACUGAGCGUCUGCCCAGUAGCCCUGCGCCCACUGCUGAGCUGCCUGUGGAGAGUGAGGAGGAGGAGCCACCCACUCUAGUAUCAGCAGCCUCCCCUGCAUGCACCACUCCAGACAUCCAUCACAAUGACAAAGACCCUGCUACAUGCCCCAUCCUACCAGGACAGGACACUGUCAUUGAGAUCUCUAAGGGGCGCUCUGGACUCGGCCUCAGUAUCGUUGGCGGCAAAGAUACACAGCUGGACGCGAUCAUAAUCCAUGAAGUGUAUGAGGAGGGAGCAGCAGGAAGGGAUGGCCGUCUAUGGGCUGGGGACCAAAUAUUACAGGUGAAUGGGCUGGAUUUGCGGGGGGUGACCCAUGAGGAGGCCAUCACGGCCCUGCGUCACACUCCGGCCAAAGUGCAGCUGCUGGUGCUGCGGGACGAGGCGCGCUACCAGGACAAGGAGAGCCUGGACAUCUUCACAGUAGAGCUCCUGAAGAAGGCUGGACGCGGCCUAGGACUCAGUAUUGUGGGCAAGAGAAACGGCACUGGUGUGUUCAUCUCAGACAUAGUUCGGGGAGGAGCUGCUGACGUCGACGGCCGUUUGAUGCAAGGGGAUCAGAUCCUGGCUGUGGAUGGAGAAGACAUGAAACAGGCGUCCCAAGAGACUGUUGCGGCUACCCUCAAAUGUGCCAGGGGAAGGGUGGUGUUGGAGCUUGGCCGACUGAAAGCAGCUUCUAUGGUGUCCUACCGGCAGAGCACUAAAGGAAGCCAGAUAAAACCAAAUACAACAGGCAGCAGUGGCACCUAUGCCUCUCUAGCAGCACAUCCCACCCCAAACCCCCACGAGUCUGCCAGUGACAUGUCCUCCAAGAGCUCAGGACCUGAAUCAGGCCUUCGUACAGUGGAGCUAAAACGAGGCCCCAAUGAUACUCUGGGCAUCAGCAUCGCAGGAGGGAAGGGCAGCCCCCUGGGGGACAUCCCCAUCUUUGUAGCUAUGAUCCAGGCCAACGGGGUGGCAGCUAAGACUCACCAGCUCAAGGUUGGUGACCGUAUUGUACACAUCAACUCCCAGUCUCUGGAUGGCCUUUCCCAUGCAGAGGUGGUGAACAUGCUGAAGAAUGCCUAUGGAGAUAUCACCUUACAGGUAGUAGCAGACACCAACAUCAGUGCCAUUGCUAGUCAGGUGGAGAACAUGUCCAACAGCGUCAGCACCGUGACUAGUCUGGAGGCUGUAAGCGCAGAACCUGAGACUCAAAAGCCGAAGAGCAUUACACUAGAGAGGGGGGCUGAAGGCUUGGGCUUCAGUAUUGUCGGGGGCUUUGGUAGUCCCCAUGGGGACCUGCCCAUCUAUGUCAAAACUGUCUUCAGCAAGGGAGCAGCUGCAGUGGACGGACGUCUAAAACGCGGUGACCAGAUCCUGUCCGUCAGUGGAGAGUCGCUAGAGGGGGUGACCCACGAGCAGGCCGUGGCCAUCCUGAAGAAACAGAGAGGGACGGUCACCCUAGCUGUCCUAUCUUGACUUCAGAGAGGGACGGUCACCCUAGCUGUCCUAUCUUGACUUCAGAGAGGGACGGUCACCCUAGCUGUCCUAUCUUGACUUUAGAGAGGGAUGGUCACCCUAGCUGUCCUUUCUUGACUUCUAGCAGCAUCUCCACCUGUGUGUCUGUGAAGGUUCUCCUACACCCUGCAGGGUCAUGUUUUAUCCAAGGAGUUGAGCUGUGAGCAGCUGGUCUUCUUUGAGCUCGAAAGACGUUUCGCUCCUCAUUCACCUGUAUCCAGCGAUACCAAGAUAUACAGUAUAUGGCACAGACUACAACAGUUAUCCUCAUCCCACAAUGGAUCUCAUGGAGACUUUUGGAUCGAAUGUGUCUAGAAUUGCUUGCCCAACUUUAAGCCCUUUAAUAUAUGUGUGACAUUUACUGAGUGAUCUUGCAAAGACCAGCGUCACGCCCUGGCUGCAGGAAAGAGGGGAGCAACACAAAUCCAUUCAGAUAAACAGCAGUGAGAAUUCGCCCUUCUAUUCCUUUGAAUGAUGAUAUCAUGAUAAAUAGAAACAUGCACCAUCUAUGCAAGAGAUGAAUGACUAAGCAUAGCAAAUAUAAUGUCUGUAAAGGCACCUACUGGUAAUUGUUGUUGUUAGAUUAUCUGUUUUUCUUUGUUUGUUUUGUUUGUUUGUUUGUUUGUUUUCUAUACCACUGCCUUCCUCUCAUGACGCAUUAGCUGAGCACAAAUGAUCAGAAUGGCUACUGCACACAGACAUUCCAUUUUUAAUUAACGACAUGCAGUACUUAGAGUUUGUAAUAAUUGUUACUGCUACUGUAGUCAUCACUUGUUUUUAUUAAGUGAGUGCUGAUGAAUAACAAUACGAAGCAAAUGUCUUGUCUUCAGAAAAGCCUGUACAAUUCACCUCACCAUACAAAGCAAAAACAAUAAAUCAAGUGCUGCCACCUUC